CAUUUGUCAAGACGGCAGUCAAGAAGAUUGUUCAGUAGCGUCUUGAAACAUUAUAAAGUUGGAAGUGAAAUUCCAAUCAAGUGAUUUAUUAAAAAUAGUGAAAACCUAUCCUAAGAAGUGUGAAGUUAUCUAUCUGCAUGUGCACGCGUGUGUGCACAGCGUUUGCCCCAAGUUUGCGAAGAAAAUACUCGUCGAAGCUAUCGUCCUCUGCGAAACAACGGAUAAAAUAAAGAGGCAUCAACACGCCCGACAAAAACACUUCACUGAAAGGAUACAAGAAAACUGGAGACCGCAUAAAGCGAUAAAUUUCUAUGCCGAAGCACGAACUGUGAAAGAGUGCCCUUUUUCGUGAAAAGCCUACAUCAAUUGCAGCGUCAGUGGUCGCACUGCCACACUCUGGCUGCAGUGAAAGGCACCUGCCUGAACAUUUCUUGUUGACACCAGUUAAAAACAAUCCGCCAAGAUUGAGGAAAUAGAGGAAAUCGUGGAGACCGAGGUUAUCCUCUCUCCCGAUGAAAUGCACCAUGAAGAAUUCGAAAUUACGACGGUACCCAUGGAAUCGACUACUGUCCUAACGACCUCCAGCGUAAGCACAAAACGAGACGUUCGUGAUCUGGCACGGGAGGCGAAUUUUCAAGCGAAGCUGCUCAUGCAGGAGAAUGAAGCCCAAGAGCAUCAUUUCAAGCAUGAAUCGAGUGCCGACGACACGGAAUGCUCUGAUGCUGACCAGAAGAUGGGCGAUUGGACUUAUAGUAACGAGCAGGAAAUCAGCGAUACGUUGAACUCAAGCAACCAAAGUUCGAGCCGGAAGCGCCGCGGAAAUCUUCCGAAGCAAUCGGUAAAAAUUUUGAAGCGAUGGCUGUACGAACAUCGCUUCAACGCGUACCCAACCGACGCCGAGAAAGUUACACUGUCGCAAGAGGCUAGUCUGACGGUGUUACAGGUGUGCAAUUGGUUCAUCAACGCACGGAGACGGAUUCUGCCGGAAAUGAUUAGGCGGGAUGGACAUGACCCGCUACACUACACCAUCUCCCGGCGUGGUAAGAAGCUAGCCGGAGCCAUGGGUCCCGAUCCGCUGACGAUGAGCCCGGCAUCAGAAGUGAUUGUGGGCGCCACCGAAGAAAUAAUUGAAGAGGAGGAAGUGAUCGAAGACGGGGUACCACAGAUAAUAACCAGCCAUGGCCAGCAGUACGUACAAACGCCGUCCGGUUUGGUUAAGGUUGAGGAAGACGUGGACUUUGAGGAUCACAUUAUCUAUCGGUCUGAUGAUAGCAACAUCGAGUACGAAUACACACAAAGUGAGGAAGAAAUGCCGCAAACGGAGCAAGGUGAAUGGGAAGGAAUCAUUCGCUACGCUAACGAAAAGGAUGACGAGAUUCCGGAAGAGAUUACCGAAGAGGAAGUUAUCGCGUCAGAUGGUCCUUUGACUGAGUUUUUUACGUCGCAUCCUAACAUUGUACAACUAUCCCAAAUACAGACAACUAAUGCUUCAGCUCGACCAACUGUAACAACUUCUACAGCUAAAAUUAUUACGACCACACCAGUUCCGGUUGGAUUGCAACGAUUGCAGGUGGUUAAUGCCAAAUCCGCCACCCAGGCAGGAACUACGGGUACUGUUCUCAGUACCGGUGUAAAAACCACAUCGACCAGUCUUGGAACUGUCAAGGUUGGCGGCAACCAUCUGACGGCAGUUCCGCUGAAGGCCGUCCCGAAAAAGUUGACGGUUGUGACGAGUUCUGGGAAGGCGACCACUGUCACUGCGACGCCGCUAAGCGAAUCGAACGCCAAGACGAUAUCGGCCACCCUCGGUGCUGCCGGCACACAAGUCGUGGCCACCAUGAACAACAACAACACGAACAGCAAUAACAACAACUCCCAGAACACGAACCCGCACACGACGACGGCCGUUAAAGUUAAAGGUGUUAUCCGGGACGAUAAGGAUCAGUUCAAGUGUCUCUAUCUGCUGGUAGAAACGGCGGUUGCCGUACGCCAGCGAGAGAAGGAGCAGGACGAUGUGCACGUGCUUGGAAACUAGAGAGACAACACAUGAAGGGAAAGAUGGCAUAACAGUGCGAGUUCUUGGGUGGUCGACGCUGUAAAAAGCCACGCACCUUCAUUUACAAACGGAUACCACAAACUAAGUUGGACAAAACAACUACCAGAGGACGAUUAGUAGAAGCAGCAAAGAUCGGACGAGACGCGAUUUUUAUUCGUUUCGUUGAUAGUAUAGUCUUGGUGGAAAACCGAGAUCGUUUCGUACCCGGCUGCCCGAAAAGGUGGGCAUUGCAUUCGAGGAUCUACAACAUUUUUUGUAUUUCAUGCUCUUAACAGGCACUUGGGAUGUACAUAGCGAAGAAAUUAAAAAUAACAAACUGCACUAGAAGCAAAUCGCAGAUCAGAUUCCAUGCAUUAAAUAUACUAAUAUUUUUUCAGCAAUGAUAACAUGCGCA